CGGCGACCCGAGGAGCUCUGCCGCCAGCGACCGGAGCCGGGCGCCGCAGAGCUUGGGACUGCGAAGGAUGCGGCCAUAACAGGCUGCGGAGAUAUUAUUGCGGACCAUGAGGAGGAUGUGGGCGGCGGGAGUGGCAGCUGCGAGAAGAGCACCCCCGGGGCCGGCAAGCUGGGUGCCUCCAAGAAGCAUCCCACCAUGGUGGCCUACCAGGGAGGCGGGGAGGAGAUGGCCAGCCCGGACCAGGUGGAUGACACCUACCUUCAGGAGUUCUGGGAUAUGCUGUCGCAGACAGAGGAGACUCAGACAGAAGGAGGAGGUGGAGGAGGGACAAAGAAGCCCGAGGGAUUGAAGGAGAACCGAGGUACCGAGGGGGCCCAGAACAAGGUGGUGGUGAAACGUGGUGGCCUCCACCAGAUCCCCAUUCACCUCAACCACAAAGAGGAGCAGAAGGGCAGGGAGAAGGAGCAGCACGAAGGCAUCCCAAACAGCGAUGAGGGCUAUUGGGAUUCCACCACCCCUGGUCCUGAGGAAGAUAGUUCCACAAGCAUCCAGAAGGAGACCAUUCCCAGGGACAGCUACAGCGGGGAUGCUCUCUACGACCUCUACGCAGAGCCGGAUGAGAACCCACCAGCGGGCCCUGCGGAUGAAGAGGUCACCUUCGUGCCACGCGCCAAGCCCGUGUCUCCAAUAACGACCACAUGCUCACUGAGAACGCCCUCAAGCUCAGUGAAGGACUCCAAGAUACCCAUCAGCAUUAAACACCUUUCGUCGCAUGCCAGUCAUGGAGCAGACGCCAGUAACAGUCAUCACAUCGCACACCAUCACCUGGCCAAAAGCGAGAUGCACAGAACAAAAAUCCCUGUCUCUAAAGUACUGGUACGCCGGGUCAGUAACAGGGGCUUAGCAGGGACAACACUGAAAGCUGCCGCGUACCAGGACAGUGCCAAAAAGUAGUUGAGUAAGAGGUGGAGACAAACGGCAAGGUCAAUGUGUAAAAGUCUGCGUAGGAGACCAAUGAAUUAGUUUUGCAUCACCUGAAGAAAGGCACCCAAAAGGCUUACGUCACUGUACUCCAUGGGCCUGCACUUCUGAAUCCCUUCUUACUAGACUGUAUGGCUGAAUAUAAAAAGUUGACUUCUUUUAGAGCACUUUUUUUUACAUUUGUAUAAUUUUUCUGCAGCACUAAACACUGGAGAGGUUCAUUUUUACAUGCCUUUUUGGAAGCAGAACUUGGAUUAUGAACCUAAAUGACCGUCCUUCCUCAUGCAAAGCAGUGCCAUGAGUUCUACAAGGGAACAGAGUUACAAAAGGAGCAACACGAGAGGUUCUCCAAUACACUUCUCUUUAAAUCAUUUCUGGGGGAGGAGUGGAGGGUGGGUGCCUGGCUCCAAAAAUGGUGUUUGCUCUCCAAGAUGUUGGAAAAAAUGCCAAGCAAAAAACCAACCAACCUAACAGGUAUUUUACCUUCUGUAGGAACAAGAGCACUGCUCAGCAGCAGACUUGAUUGACUUGUGUGCAGUAGCUAACUAAGGAGUUAGGUGGACUUGUCUAACAGGAAAACAUAUUUUUGUUUGUCUGUCUGUCUGGUUGGUUUUGAUCUGGUCUAAUGUAAAUGGGUAAAGGAGACACCUGAAGUAGGUUCAGAUGUUUACAUCAAUACUUGUCCAAUAACACAUACAAUCAGGUUCAGGGAAACAUUUUACUAAAUGCCAAUAUAUACACACUGUUCACAUUUAUACAGUAACUUGCUUGCCAUGUGUAAAUAUAUACAUAUUUUAGCAGAUUUCCUCAAUGCUACAGAUUUUUUAUAAAAAAAAGAAAAUCACCCGUCUGUAUUAUCUAGAGUUUAAGCAAGAGUUAGUUUUUAUAGGUAGAUAAUUUUACAGUUCUAAAAUAAUAGAACUUUGUGUAAGUACCUUAAAUUAGAGCAAAACUCUGUUUUGUAUGGGCUCAUGCAUCCCCAGAUAAGUAAGUCUGAAGUGCUGAUUUUAUUCCAGUGGCGCAUUCUGUGGGUCAGGCUGAGGUUCUGACAGCAUUGCCACUGCAAUCCUCUAUUUUCAGGGGUUUAGACAAAGUUGCUCUGGGCUUAAACCUUACAGAGAAGGAACCCAGGAAAGAAACGUGUUUUUUAAUUAUUAUUUUUUAAAAUAUAUGAAAUUAGUUUUUGACUAUUUAAAAAAAGGUUGGGUUCUCAUUGCUUUUUAUUUUCAUUCUUAAUAACGUCAGAAUAAAUUUACUUUUAAGAGAGAAAAAGAAAUAUGGUAAGUUAGUGGUACAUAAAAUGGUCUGAUGAGCUUGGAUCUUAUGAGAAAUGUAUUAAUGGCCAGAACAUUUUUCAAUAGUGGCUACUGUACAUGGGCAUUGACAACAUUUCAAAGAAAUUUAAUAGGGUUUUAAUGUGCCUGAGGACAUAUUUUUAUGAUACACUGAAAAAGCUCCAAAAAUUACUGAAGUCUAAAGGUAAAUGUUAUGUAUUUACAAAAUAUUUUGAUAUGAGUAUUUAAUCAUCAGACCACAGUUAAUAUAAAAUAUAUGCUCCAGUGUAUCUGAAAAAUAAUAUACAUUUUAAAAAUAUACAUGUCUAUAUUAUGCAGAGAAUCCAAAUUCACGUCAUUGAAGCUAAUGGGUCUGAUCUUACAUAGCAGUUGGUUUUAUUGUCUCUUAAAUUGAAAGAAAAAAAGGAAAAUAAAUAUACAGAAUAUACAUUUGAAGGAUAUUAAGGUUAUAGAUUAACCAUAAAAAGCCAGGAAAUACCAUAGUAAGAAUUGUAUAUAUGUAUAUGUGUGGUUCACUGGGGAAAUGACAUUAUAGUCUCAAAGGUAAAAUUGGCAUCUAGUUCUGAAAUUACUGCAGGAUUUAACAGCAAACUGCAACGUCCCAGUGAACAGGGAGAAAGUGUUAGUUUUCCUGAUCAGUCCCUGUUAUGGUUUGAGUAAGAACCUUAAUACACUUCAAACAAGAUUAUUUUAUAUGUUUUCUUUCUAAUGUGUAUGUGUGUGGUUUUCUACAUGCCUACUCACAGAGACGUGUUGUACAUAUGCAUGUGUAGUCGGGACGCACCUCCUCCUAGGGUACGUGCACCUGGGCAAGGGCACACACCCAUGCACACUUGUGCUCAGAUGUGAACACAGCCAUGCAUGCGUGCUCCCACGCACAGGCUGAGGGGAUGUGCUGUAGGUCUGUCUACAAACACGCUGUCAGUGAUUUCCUUUGCCUGAGAAAGGGAUUUGCAUUUGGCCUGACUCUGCCUGUACAUUUUAGAAAGUUAAAGCUGAUAUACCCUCAAAAGGAUGAACGUACAGAACAUGGAAUAUUAUCCCGGUCCUCAGCCCUAAACCUAACAUUCCUUUUUCUGUUCUUUUGUUUUUGUUUGACUGUAAGGGACACAUCUUUCCUUGCAUGACAACUCUGCAGAAAAAUCAUAAAUCCCUAUUUUGUUGUAAGGACAAAUUGGGCAGAGAGAUUCUAUAAGGUACUGGAAGUUGAGAGGGAGGGAGGAUGUGGUGAGCUUGGGGUAGUACCAUAAAAACUGGAAGCACUGAGUACAGGUAGUAGGAGUGGUGCAUCUUUAAAACCGCUAGAAGAUACUAGCUACCAUCUCUACAGGACUUGUGUGCGGCAAAUUAUUUAUCAUAUGCAUUUUGUUUGCAUUGUGGCAUGUCUGUAUUGAGAAACCAAUAGAGUGACACUAGACUAGCUCCCUCUCACGUAAUGACUAACACGAAUCAUCAUUAAAAUGCUUUGGCUUCCCUUCA